UCUGCACUACAGCAGAGCCCAGGAAAGAAAGUCUCUGUCAUUCAUUCACUUUUACACACAUUCAAACACACUCACCUCCUCUUUCACUCAGACACACAAACACACAGAUAACGCACAUUGAUUCUCAUGUACCAUUCAGUCGAUUAUCUCUGAUAACAGCCUCUGCAGGAAUACAAUAUCAAUUCCAGACUUUUUUUCGUCCCCUGACUUGGAUAACACCUUUUUGUGUAUUUUAGGGGGUAUUUUUCCCCUGACGACCGUCAAGAGGUCACCUGGAUUGGGAGGAUAAUAAUGAUUCACUUGUCUGCAUUGUCAUCUGUCCACUUUCAGAUAAGCGGAAAGAAGAGUUGGAAUUGAUGAUUGUGGAGUGGAAUUUAAGAAAGGUAUUUGUGAAGAGAAGAACUGGGAGGAAGAGCAGGUGAUCGAAGAGGAAGAGAGGAAGAGUAUGGGCUGCUCUUCUUUGUGGAUCUUUCUACUGUCCCUUUCUCUUACCCAUCAAAGCAUCACAGCACAAGCUGAAGCAUGCAGGACGGUGGUGCAGGCAGACAUAGUGUUUCUGGUGGAUGAGUCAUGGAGUGUAGGCCCGACCAGCUUCUCCAGUGUCAAAGACUUCAUCUCAACCAUCGUCUCCUCCUUCCAGGACAGAGGGGUGGGAACUGAGGGGGUCCGCUUUGGAGUUACUGUCUUUGGGGAUUUCCCAAGGAUGCGGAUUGCUUUGACAGACUACAGCUCAUUGGAGGAGUUACUCAGAGCCAUCAGAGACCUCCCCUAUGAGGGUGGAUCCAGGAGGAUUGGUGAUGCCCUCCAGUUUCUGGUUGACCCCGUGUUUAGCCCUGUCAUCAGGCGAGACCAUGCCCCAAAGAUUGCUGUAAUGAUCACAAACGGACGUUCAGAUGACCAGGUCGAUGCCGCAGCAAGAGCUGUAGCUGAUAAUGGGAUUUCUCUCUUUGCAGUAGGUGUUAGGGGAGCUGAUGAGUCAGAGCUGAGGAGGAUUGUGUCAGAGCCACAUGAGGAGCACCUAUUACUGGGCACUGACUACUCUCUCCUUGAAACCAUCCUUCCCAAACUGACCCGCAGAGUGUGUUUUACUGCCUCUGAGCCACCACUUCCUAUGAAAACUAACCUGCCUGUUGAAGAGCGUGUGGUGGGUCCCAGAGACCUGCAAGUAAGCGAGUUGGCCCACAGUUCCCUCAGACUGACAUGGAGCCAGGCCACAGGUGACGUCACAGGAUAUCGUCUCCUGGUCCACCCUCUCAGCUCUAGUGGACACCAACAGCAGAGACAGCAGGUUGAUCUGAAGGCAGAUGUGAGCACAACAGUGGUGACAGAGCUGAGUCCUAAAACAGAAUAUUCCCUCACUGUCUACGCCAUCUACCCCAGCCUCAUAGGAGACUCUGCAACAAUCACCAUCCAGACAACCCCUUUGCCUCAGGUGUCAAACUUCCGAGUUAUUGAGGAAGGCCUGUUCUCUCUGCGCCUGGGCUGGACGCCUCCUCUAGGGAGGCUCAACGGAUUUAUGGUCUUCAUCCCAAGAUCCAACCGACCUGGAUUUGCUUAUGAGAAGCUGCUUCCUGGAGACACCUCUUCUCAUGUGAUUGACAGCCUGGAGGAGGAUAAGAAGUAUACUGUCAGUAUUUAUGCUGUUUACUCCCAGGGACCAAGUGAAACAGUUUCAAUAGUGGGCAAGACAUUAAAGCUGGUACAAGUUCAGAAGUUCCUGGUUCAAAACGCCACCACAGAUACUGUCCAGGCAAGAUGGACAUCAGUUAAGGGGGCCACAGGAUACCGUCUGACAUGGGAAUCCCCAGACGGCCACAUAGAGAACGUUAACCUCGGGGACAACUUUAACUUCUACAUGAUCCAGGGCCUCCACUCUGCCUCUGAGUACAAAGUCACCAUCAACCCCAUCUUUGGAGACAUUGAGGGGCCUGUCACCACCACCAAAGUCAAGACAUUGGAAAGCAGUGCAGUACAAACCUUGAAGGUGUCUGCUGUGAGCACCAGUACUGCUGAUGUCACAUGGAACAGUGUUCCAGGAGCCACAGGUUACAGACUGGCCUGGGGACCAACUCCAGAGUUUGUUGGUCGGGACCGUCCCAGGCAGGUGGCUCUGAACGGCAGCACCACAGAGUACCAGCUGAGGAAUGCAGCCCAUGAUACUGAGUAUGUCCUGUCUCUCUAUGUGCUGUUUGGAUCUGUGGUGGGGCCUGGUAUCAGUGCUACCUUCAGAACUUCUCCGUUAGGGUAUGUGUCCAACUUCAAGGUGUCAUCCUACACCAGCACCUCCAUAGUUGUGGAGUGGAGUCCCAUUGUUGGAGCUACUGAGUACAAACUCUCUUGGAACACAGGUGAUAGCAACCCUCAGUCCCAUUACCUGGGCCGCAGUGUUCUUUUCCAUCAUAUCAAAGACCUGAAUCCACAGUCCACCUACACAAUCACUAUCUGUGCAGUGUACGGCAACUCAGAGGGACCAGAAAUCUCCUUAUCUCAGCUCACAGCUGCUGUUUCAGACUCACAGCUAAUCCAGGCAGUGAGGGAGGUGAAGGUUGUGGACAUUGGAGUCAACUCCUUCACUCUGUCCUGGGGGAAAACACCAGGGGCAUCUGGGUACAAAAUCUCCUGGAUCCCCUUCCUGGGGGGUGAUGAAACGUCCCACGUGGUAUCUGCUGCUUCCACUACAUUUACCAUCCACAAGCUGCAGGAGAGCUCAGCUUAUAAGAUCCAGGUUUCCUCCAUGGUGGGCAAUAGGGAGGGAAGCCCAGUCCUGCUCACUGCACGUACCUUGGAUCUUCCAAAAGUGAAUGACUUUGCUGCUCUGAACACUUCAGAGAGCAGCACUGUUCUGAACUGGACACGUGUGGCUGGUGUUUCUGGAUACCGUCUCUCCUGGAGGCACAUCUCAGUGUUGGAGACGAAAACAGAGACCCUGGGACCUGGUUUCAACUCCUUUAUGAUCAGUAAUUUGCUGUAUGGAAGAACCUAUAUUUUUACCAUCCGACCUUUGUAUGGAGAAGUGGAGGGCCCUAUAAGCACUAUUUAUCAGAGAAUAUUGGGACAGGAUGGCCUGGGGGUGACAGUCCAGUCUGUGGCAGCCACAGUCGCCCCUCAUAUCACGACUGCCUCCAUCACCGACACUACCGUCACUCACACAUCCUCCAGGACCACCCGGCACCCCAUCGCUGUGCUACAGCCUAAAUCCAUAACCACCAAGAAGCCUCCAGGUCAGCCAAGUGUCACUGAAGCCAAAGUAGCUGAAGUCACCUUCCGUCGAUUAGCCACACUUAGUGCAGAGACAACAGCUGCACCAAGACCAGUGUGUGGUAAGACCAAAGCAGACAUAGUAUUUUUAGUAGAUGAGUCCUCCAGCAUCGGCGCAAACAACUUUAUCAAGAUGAAAGACUUCAUAUUCCGAGUGGCAACUUACUUCCCUAUCAUUGGUCCUCAGGGCACACAGAUAGCUGUAGUUCAUUACAGUGAUGAGCCUCGAAUUGAAUUCCAUCUAAGAGACUUCAAAGACAGAAACUCUGUGCUCAGGGCGCUCAGAGCCCUGCAUUAUGGAGGGGGCAACACCAAAACAGGAAAAGGCAUCAGCUACGUUCUGCAGGAACUGUUCCAGGAGUCUCUGGGGAUGAGGCAGGAUGUGGCCCAUGUUCUGGUUCUGAUUACAGAUGGCAGGGCCCAGGAUAAUGUGGUGCCACCCUCUAGAAUUGCACGUGCUCUGGGUGUCAGUGUCCUGGCAGUUGGAGUUUCCAAUGCAGACAUUGAGGAGCUGAAUAAGAUAGCAGCGCCCACCAGCUACAAAAAUAUCUUCUACUCACCAACCUUUGAUGACUUCCCUUCCAUAGAGAGAGAAUUUAUUAAUAUCAUCUGUAGUGAAGAACUCCUCUCCGAGUUCAAACUAAAUGCUGAGUCAGCUCAGUUGGACAGCCCGACUGAAGACCCAGAGGAGCUGCUUAAGCCUCAGGGUCCCUGCUCCUCCCAGUGUGUGAAGGGCCAGAAAGGGGAAAAGGGAGAUGGUUCUGGUCUCGGCGGUCUGAGAUUUAGGCAAAUCCCUGGACAGUAUGAUCCAUUCACUCCUUCCAAAGGAGAGAAGGGAGAAAGGGGGCCUCCUGCAACAGAUGGUGUACCUGGGUUGCCAGGACGACCAGGGAGAACUGGACCCCCAGGUUCUGCCGGCCAAAGGGGCUCGCAAGGCAUACCAGGUGAUAUGGGUCCACCUGGAAGCACUGGUCCAAAGGGACAGAGGGGAGAAAGAGGAGAGCCUGGAUAUGUUAUAGCUGGCACAGACGCAAAUUUUGUUCCUGGACGAAAAGGAGAGCCAGGAUCUUCAGGACCCCAGGGGCCUCCUGGUGUAUCAGGGGUCAAUGGCGCUCCAGGCCUACCUGGCCAGCCAGGACCAACAGGGUCACCAGGAAUAUCUGUCAAGGGAGAUCCUGGGGAGGUGGGAGCAAAAGGUUUACGUGGGAAGCAGGGCGUGAAAGGAGACAAAGGAGAGUCGGGAAAAGAUGGUAUUGCAGGUUUGCCUGGUCCCGUUGGCAUUGAUGGGGUGCCAGGGUUACCAGGUCAGAAAGGAGAGCAGGGUAUAGAAGGAAUUGGCAUACAAGGUAUUCAAGGUCCUCGUGGAGAGCCUGGAGAGAAGGGAAAUAUUGGCUUAACAGGACCAGUUGGCCCAAAGGGUGACCGUGGAGAGCAGGGCAUCCAAGGAAUCAUCGGACCACGGGGAAAGAAGGGACUCAAAGGGGAGCAGGGGGACAAGGGAGAAGGAGGAGAGAUGGGACCAAUAGGACCACAAGGACCCACGGGGCUGACGGGGCCAUUGGGGUUAAAAGGAGAUGAGGGUCCAAGAGGAGCCCCUGGAGAUCCUGCCAAGGGUAUAAUUGGCCCAACUGGAAAAAAGGGUGCCAGGGGAGACAUUGGUCCAGUCGGCCCCACAGGCCCCCAGGGAAUAAAGGGUGAACAAGGAAACAAAGGAGAGAAGGGCAGUCCUGGUUUUGGGAUUCCAGGACAGCGGGGACCAAAGGGAGAAAAUGGCGAGAGGGGAAAUGUUGGUUUGUCUGGAAAACCUGGACCAAAAGGGCACGAUGGCUCCAAAGGUGACAAAGGGGCGGCUGGGUUAUCCGGCAAUCCUGGAGAACCAGGAUUAAGAGGUAAAGAUGGUGCACCGGGAACUAAAGGAGACCAAGGAUCUAAGGGUGAACUAGGACCACCUGGAGAGCCUGGUGAAAGAGGAAUUAGGGGUCCACUGGGGUUACCAGGGCGACCAGGGGAUCCAGGAGAUAAAGGAGAUACUGGGAUGCCCGGCCCGCUUGGGACUGAUGGAAAGAAAGGCGACAAAGGGGAGCAGGGAAAACCUGGACCUCCGGGAGAACAAAUUGUUGUAGACAACAACAACAUACUGACCAGAGUGAUUAAGGGUGAACCAGGAAAGCCUGGUGAGCCUGGUUUGAGAGGAGAAUCAGGUGUGCCUGGGCCGAGAGGUCCAGAGGGGAAACCUGGAUUACCAGCACCAUCUCCGGGUGGUUCUGAAAGAGAUGGACUUGAUGGGUUACCAGGGAAACCAGGAAUAAAGGGUGACCAGGGACAGAAAGGAGAGCCUGGUCUGAAGGGACAUAAAGGAGACCAAGGACGGUCUGGGAUAGCUGGAAUGCCUGGUUUACCGGGAACUCCAGGACGACCUGGCAUUGACGGGAAGAGGGGCCAGCCAGGAAAAGAUGGAGAAAUUGGGCUGAAAGGAGAUGAUGGCAAAAAGGGGGACAAGGGAGACACGGGUGUAAAUGGUAAAGAUGGUAGUAAGGGGGAACCAGGACCUCCAGGUCUGCCUGGUAGGCAAGUGCUUGUCACAUCUGAGGGUGCCACCAUUGACGAAAUUCGAGAAGCAUUUCCAAUCCCGAUGGGUCCUCCAGGAGCUACCGGUUCACCGGGAACAAAGGGAGAUAAAGGAGAAAGAGGCCUGAAAGGAGACACGGGUGAUGCUGGAGCUCCUGGAAAAUCUGUUGAGAUGAAGGACAUUGAAGUGAUGUUUGAAGCCUAUGGCAUAAGGCUGCCUUUGCUGAAGGCUUUGAUUGACCGGCUGCUGCAGGAUGGAAUAGAGGAGCUGCUUCAUGUGCUCGGCACGUCCAAGAAAACGAAAGAAAACACAGAAACUCACACCUCCAACGUCAUCACUGAGUACACAAGUUCAGUGAAGUUUGACCUCACCAGCCAGCCGCUGAAAGAGUCAGACACCAUCCAGGGCCCUGAUUUAGAUGGACAGCUUUCUAAAGAGUCUUUGACAAUUGAUCCUUUAAAUGAAACAGCAGAGGGUCCCACUUUAUGGAGCUUCACUACGCUGAACGGAGAGCAGGAGCUCGACCGAACUGAGACGGAGUUGAAGGGCUCCAGUGGGAAGGAGAGAGUAGAUGAGCACAGUGAUGGAGUAUCUGCGCUCAAAAUGAAUCGGACUGUAGUCAAUUCUACUUUUAAUUAUAAUACGACCCAGGAGACGGUUUCAGGGUUGCCAGAAACUGUGGCGGUUCUCCUCACUCAGGAAGACUCCCUGAAGAAGAACUCCGGACAAAAGAAGAAGAACCGGGAACGUGGGAAGGGCAAAGGAAAUAAAGGACGACAUAAGAGGCAGAGACAACGCCUGACAAGUGAGGAGGACACGCAAGAAGAAGAGGAAGAGGAUUUUUAUAACGGCGAAGAAUACAGUUAUGAAUACGAGGAAGAACUUUCCCCAGAUUAUCCUGCGACCUCUCAGGAGAGGAAGGACAACAGACAGCUUGAAGUUCAAACAGAUGCAAUUCCCCAUCCAAUGGAUAAAAAGGAGGAACAAUUACCCACACACAGUCCUGCCCAGUUAGAAACGUUGACGGGAACCUCCAGUUAUCCUCUAACAUCCUCCACAAACAAACAAAUAGAUGCAGAGGAUGAAGUUUCACUUCCUACACCUCCCAUCACAACAGAAGAACCAGACAAGGUGCCUCAAUCCCAAAUCAGGGUGAAGAAAAGUGCCCCCUGGCCUGACUCCAUGGUGUUCAUGCCAGGUGCCCCAGGUGGAAGAAGUCGUUUCAAGGAGGCACAAAAACAUCUGUCCUCUGGAGCUCAAGGUUACAACAGCUGGAAUAAGAAGCAAGAAAACUCUGACCUUCAUACACACACCAGGGGGCAGAGGCAAGAAUGGAGGGAGAGGCAGCGAUACAGUGAUACAGAAACACAAGGUGGAGGAGAGGAACAGACUGAAGCUGAAGAAGUGGAGGAGCGGGAAAUGGAACAAGAGAAAGGAGUGGAGACUGAUGGGUAUAUAGAAACAGGCCCUGAUCCAGUCUAUGGGGAGGAGGAGAGGAGUGGAGACUACGACUGGGAGACAGAGGAGGACGUUGAUCGAGAGAGGGGAGGAGAGGAGGAGGACCUGGAGAUGGAGAGAGAGAGAGAGGAGCUGGAGAAAGAGAGGGAGGCCGAGCUGGAGUUGGAGAGAGAAAAUGUAGAGAGGGAGAAAAAGCUGGAGAGGGAAAAAGAGCUGGAGAGAGAACAAAUGGAGAGGGAGAAAGAGCUGGAGAGGGAGAGAACAGAGCAGGAGGGGGAGAGAGACUUGGAGAGGGAGGAGUGGGAGAGGAGGAGAGUGGAGAUAGAGAGGGGAAGACAGGGGGGUUAUGAUGGAGAAACUGGACAGCCAUACCCAUACCCUCCAGAGUAUUUUUAUCUGAAGGGACAACCAGGUGAGAGUGGAACACCAGGACGAAAGGGGGAAAUUGGUGAAAAUGGACAAAAGGGAGAGCCAGGCAUCGGCCACAGAGGUCCAGAAGGCCAGGCGGGUCCUCCGGGACAGAAGGGUGAACCAGGUGAGCCAGGGCCUCCAGGUGCUCAGGGCAUCCAGGGUAUCCGUGGUAGCGCAGGCAUGCAAGGCUCCCCAGGCCUUAGGGGCCCCCCAGGGGACCCAGGAGAACCGGGCAGAGAGGGGGACCGGGGUAAAAGGGGGAAGAAUGGAUCACCUGGAGCUCCAGGACUUCGAGGAGCAGCAGGACCUCACGGUCCUCCUGGUGUUCCUGGAGGCAAAGGAGAAAAGGGUGACAGUAUUCCUGGAGAGCCUGGUGCCAGGGGGUUGUCUGGCUUCCCAGGCAGAAAGGGUGAAAAAGGAACUCUAGGUAUUAAAGGAACUCCUGGGCAUUUAGGUCUAAAGGGCUUGCCUGGCAGCAGAGGUGAAAAGGGUGAGCGUGGGUUACCUGGAGUUAGAGGCGAAAGGGGGAGUGUGCUUCAAAUCCAAGGACCCCGUGGAUCUAAGGGUUCCAAAGGAGAGGCGGGUGAGCGAGGCCCACCAGGUUUUGAUGGUGACAAAGGAGAAAAGGGCGAGGACGGUCCUCCUGGAGUCAAGGGCAUAAAGGGUGACGCAGGCACUAAGGGGGCAUUAGGGCGUUUUGGAGCACGAGGACCAGUAGGCCAGAAGGGAGAUCCAGGAGAGCCGGGACUCAAUGGAGUGAUGGGUCGCAAUGGGGAUCAUGGAGGGGACGGGGCCAAGGGGGACAAAGGAGACAUGGGACUGCUGGGCCAAAAGGGCAAUCAGGGUGAUCCAGGAGAACCAGGCUUACCAGGAGACAAAGGGGAGAAGGGGGAGAAGGGUUUCAGAGGUGUACCUGGACGCAUUGGGAGUCCAGGCCUGGAUGGAGAAAAGGGAGAUAUGGGGUUGCAUGGCACCCCUGGUAUACCUGGGCUGAACGGACUCACAGGGCGCAAGGGCGAUAAGGGACAGGGAGGCAUCAAUGGUGUUGAUGGUGAUCCAGGAGUGAAAGGAAACAAGGGUGCAGCAGGUUUCUCAGGUUUCCCAGGGUUUAAAGGGUCAGCAGGGAAUCCAGGAAGGGAUGGAGAUCAGGGACCACCAGCACCCCCAGGACCCCGUGGGGACACAGGGCCUAAGGGGGACAGGGGCAGAAGGGGCAAAACCAAACCAUGUCAGAGGGGAACACCCGGGGCUCCAGGACUAAGAGGAGAGAGUGGUACACUGGGUAUUGAAGGAGAAAAAGGGGAGAAGGGGGAGCCUGGACUCUCAGCUGAAGAAGUGAAGGAGCUAGUCACCCAGGAGGUGGUAGAAAAGUGUGGGUUGGAAUACAAGUUCAUGGUAAAGUCUGUGGAUCCAGAUGGAACAACUGCAGUGACUGAGAGUCAAAAUGAGCCAGAUGAUGUGGUGAUAUCCCUCCACCAUGACCUCCAUAAGGAAGGGAUGGAAGAAGAAGGUGAAGAAUAUGGAGACAAGCUGGGAGAAAUUACCAGUCCUGCCCCUGUGAUCCGACCAAACCGCACUGAUUCUCUUGAGUCGGGACAUAGGAAGAAAAGAAGGGUAUUUGGAACUAACACUGCUGUUUCAGCAGCAGACCGCUGCCUGGAGCCAAUGUCAGAGGGGGCUUGUUCAGAAUAUGUUCUGCUCUGGUACUUCCACCCUCGCUCAGGGGAAUGCAGGCCAUUUGUGUACGGGGGCUGUGGUGGCAACAGAAACAGAUUCUCCACAAGACAUGAGUGCCAGAGUUGGUGUGAGAAGGAGAGGAGAGGUCCCGAGGCCUGGAGAUGAAACUAGCAACUCCAUACAAGAAAAAAACUUUUGUACAUAACUGUCAUAACUUUGUAUUUUAUAUUGGAUUUAUUUAUACAUUUUAACAGCGGUUUCAUCAUUUUGUUUUAUGGACAAAGUGUUGAAACUCAAAAUGUGAAUUUUUUUUUAUUUUUAUGUUUUUGAAAUGUCAAAGGUGAUCAAUAUUCACACUACUGAAAAAUUAAAUCUGUCUUCUUUUUGUGUGUCUGUGGUGCUUGUCUCUUGUCUCUCCUCUCGAGUCUCUUUAUGUAACACUCAGUCCCCUUUCUUUUCCCGUUUUGUCAAUUGCCCUGCAUUCUGUGCAGUGAGAGAAAUAAGAAGCUGGUAGCUGAUU